UGGCUCGUCACUGUAGAGGCGCCGGCACCAAUCUUGCAACAGCGCUGGCGGUGCAGCGAUUCCAACGGGGCUGACUGGAGAUUCCUGGACCGUCCGUCGUCUCAAUUAACGCCGGAUAUAGGAAUACAGACAGAAACAGCAUUAAAAAACAGAAAAAAAACUCGGAUGGGAAUGAAAUUAUUGGACAGGGAAGAAAAGAAAAGAGAAAGAGGCAUUUAUAAAGAAGAUUGAAUACUUUUUCUAGAGCAAUUCACAGUUUCAGACAAACACAUCCUGAAAACGGGGGCUCUUCUUAUCUCUGGACAAAGGAGUACCAAAUUCCCCAUCCUAAGGCAGCAGGUUUAGAAGCAACUUGCCAGAACUGAGAGGCUUAAAAGAAUCCUCCAACACAGACCAACUGCUCAGCUUCACGAGAUGGUAUAUAGGACCAUUCAGCAAGGGAUGUGAUAUUGACUUUUGAAAGAUCUUUAGAAAUGCUAAGAAAGGGCAUUUCAAAGCAAGCAUGAUUUAUGUUUUAAAAGAAAAGCAUUCUGUAAAAUCUUGAUCUACAUACAAUUGUUUGGUAAAUGCUGGACCUAAACACGUAACUAUUUUAUAGAGGAAGAAAAUUUACAAACCAGUGACAGGAAACUGGCUAUAUCAAUUUGGGUAGCUGAACAAGUGACUGCAAAAUCCUCCAAGAUGGAUAGUCCAUUCAAGAUGGAUUAUCUGCUGGAUGUCGAUGCUGCUUACCGGCUGUUUUAUAGUCAAGGAGCUCAAGCUCGCCGGGCGACCCUGCUCACUGUACCCACAUUAAUGGCGGCUUCUUCCGAAGAGGACAUAGACAGGAGACCCAUCCGGAGAGUUCGGUCCAAGAGUGACACGCCUUACCUAGCCGAGGCCAGGAUCUCCUUCAAUCUCGAAGCAGCUGAGGAAGUGGAGAGACUGGCUGCAAUGCGUUCGGACUCAUUGGUUCCAGGGACACACACCCCUCCCAUAAGGAGGAGAAGUAAGUUUGCCAAUCUAGGAAGACUUUUCAAGCCAUGGAAAUGGAGGAAGAAGAAGAGUGAAAAGUUCAAGCACACAUCAGCAGCACUCGAAAGGAAAAUAUCAAUGAGGCAAAGCAGAGAGGAACUUAUCAAGAGAGGAGUUCUGAAGGAAAUAUUUGACAAAGAUGGAGAGCUUCCAAUACAGAAUGAAGAAGGAUCAUUGGAGAAUGGACAGACGUUAAGUUCCAGCCAAAUAUCACUGCCAGCCCUAUCUGAAUUGGAGCCAUGUUCAGUAUCUGGGGAUUCCUGUAGUUAUGAAAUACUCCCAAAUCCAGAGGUCAUGGAUGGAACAGUGUCUGAAGAGAGUCCCACGUCCAGUGAAUCUGGAAUCCAUCUCCCUCAAGAGCCUACAUCUAAACCAGUCUUGCUACUCCCCCCUAAAAAAUCUGCUGCUUUCUCUGGAGAUCAUGAGGACACCCCAGUGAAGCAGCUCUCCCUCCUCAAACAACCCCCUGCCCUGCCUCCUAAGCCCAUUACCAAGAUUGCCAACCAUUUAGCUGAUCCCGGUGCUCCGAUGAAGCUGCCUUGUAUGCCAGUCAAACUAUCACCUCCGCUACCUCCAAAGAAAGUCAUGAUUUGCAUGCCUUUAGGGGGACCCGAUUUCUCCCUCGCCUCUUAUGCCACACAGAAGAAUUCCCAGCAACCAUUGACUUCGCAUCAUCACACAGUGCUACCAUCACAGUUAGCAGCACACCAGCAUCAGUACGGCAGCCACAGCUCACAUAUGCCUUCUGGAUCCAGCACGUUACCCAUGCACCCUUCAGGAUGUCGCAUGAUCGAGGAGUUGAAUAAAACACUGAGCAUGACCAUGCAGCGGCUAGAAAGCUCCAGUUUACAUGGUAGUGACAGCAUCCCAAAAACUGGACCUGGAGGUUUUUCAGAUAUGAGACAAGUGCCAACCGUUGUGAUCGAAUGUGAUGACAAUAAAGAAAAUGUGCCUCAUGAAUCUGACUUUGGCGAUUCUUCAUGCCUCUAUACAAGAGAAGACGAGGACGAGGAGGAAGAGGAAGAUGAUGACAGCUCAUUAUUUUCAAGUUCCCUGGCAAUGAAAGUUUGCAGGAAAGACUCUUUAGCUAUCAAGUUGAGCAACAGGCCAUCCAAGCGUGAACUGGAGGAGAAGAACAUCCUCCCCGUGCAGACCGACGAGGAGCGGCUGGAGCUCAGGCAGCAGAUCGGCACCAAACUGACAAGGCGACUGAGCCAGAGACCGACUGCUGAAGAAUUAGAGCAGAGGAAUAUUCUCAAACCACGGAAUGAGCAAGAGGAACAGGAAGAAAAACGAGAGAUCAAGAGAAGAUUAACCCGCAAGCUAAGUCAAAGGCCUACAGUGGAAGAGCUGAGAGAGAGGAAGAUCCUCAUCCGUUUUAGUGAUUACGUAGAAGUGGCUGAUGCUCAGGACUAUGACAGACGGGCAGAUAAACCAUGGACAAGGCUAACAGCAGCUGACAAGGCAGCAAUUCGCAAAGAACUAAAUGAAUUUAAAAGCACUGAAAUGGAAGUUCAUGAAUUAAGCAGGCAUUUAACAAGGUUUCACAGACCAUAAGAACUGAAUGUGCUGCCAUCUUGAGAACGUAACGGAAAAGAAUCAUAAGUGCUGAUAUCAUUCCUUUCUCUGUUAGGUACAGUGGUAAAUCUUUUGAACUGCCUUCCUAAAACCCAUAAAAACAUGCAGAAAAUAUGAAUUUUCUCAUCCUGGGAAUAACUUACUCAUACAAUCUGUUGGCACAACAUUCAGCAAUGGAGACUAUCUUGGCAAGAAUCAUGCCUGGAGUUGGCACUUAUAUUUUAAAUGCUGCUGUGUGGAGUCCUCAAGCCAUUCACAAUAGUUGUCUUUCUUUGGAUCCCGUCGGUCCUCUUUCAUCUCUGAAGGAAGCUGGGGCCUUUGGUAUUUGGCACUGACAGAAGCUCUGCUGGACACAAGCUCACUGUUCUGGAAUAACAUUUCUACCAAACAUUUCGUUCUGUGUGGAGCACCUUAGGACGUGAUGGGGGCGAGCUGGGGAACUAGAACCCACUCCAAAGGAUCCAUCUCUCUCUUUGACUCUCCCUGCCCCACCAUCCCAGGAGGAUCUUUGGCUGACUGGCGGAUACUCUUUUGCUUUCUACAGGACCAAGAAGGAUUCCUCACCAUCCAUUUCUCCCUUUCGAAUGAUUCUUUUGCUGCAAUGUUUGGAAGAGUUCAAGAUUUAUGAACUUUUCAUAACAAGCUUGUUUUCUACAGUGGAACAUGUCACCCUGCCUUUUGCCCUGCUGACUCUUUCAUGUUUCAUAUGGUCCUGUGUAGCAGUUUGAUAGCCUAGCUUUGUCCUGGCAUGGCCUGUCAGCUUUACAUAGGUUCUUCCAAUUCACUAAUGUGCAAGACAGAAAAGACAUGAGUUAAAGAGAACCAUAAGGUUGACUUUAUGUUGUAUGCUUAGAUGUUGAUUUUUGUUUUCUUCUUUUAACAGGAGGGAUUUCUAUUCUACAAAAUGUUCCUUGGCAUAAAUAACUAAAUAUGCUGUUGUGAAUGGCUCAGUCUUAAAUUGAGAACCAAAGCAUUUGGCAAAAGGCUAGAGACGUAUAUUAUUAUUGUUAUUAUAUUUUAUAGUUUAUUUUAUUAUAUUAUUUCAUUUUUAAGGUAUUGGUCUUUUAUUAAUAAGAUUAUCUUUGCACAUUGGAAAUAAUUAUGAACCCACUGUAUCAAAACACUUUAGUGAUGUCUACUAACAUCUAUAUCUAGUUCAGAUUAAACAUAUCUGAUUAUGCCUUUUAGCUAGAAACUUUACCAACUUGAAUGUUUUGCCUAUCCCAAACAAAACACUAUAGAUAUAGCAGCUUUAAGGAGAUGAAGUAAUAGAGUACUUUGUUUUUAGAUAAAAGUGCAAGUAUUGCGGGGGUUUUAAUGCAAAAAAUAAUAAAGAGAUUACGACAUCACUAAUGGUCAGCAGAUGAAAUAGGUGGGCUUGUAGCUGGGUGAAUUGCUAGGAUUGUGGAGAUGGGAGGAUAGUAAAAAAUGUUAAUUCAUUUGUCCGGUUUCCACACAGCAAAUGUAUGGCCGAUAAGCUGUUUUUCAUACCUUGAAAACUGUCAUUUUAACAUAGCCAGUUUUUAUCUGUCAUAGCUGAAAUAAUGGGGACCCACUUGCCCACCAUACCAGCCUCUCAGUCCACUAACUCUUGAGUGAAGGUCCUCCCCAUUGUUCAAAGUCUUAUUCUUCCCACCAUGGCUUGCCUUUUUCACUCUUCCCCUCUUGAGAAGAAUAAGUUACAUAACUGAUCCCUGUCUGCACAUCUGAAGUUCCAGGUGACUGUAACUCCACUUUGUUCACAAUCCAGGUAGUUCCUGUUUCCUGCAUCUUUACCUAUGAGGAGUAAAAGACCAGGAUCACAGGUGAGGUUCAGUUAAACUGCUAAAAAGCUCCUGCACAAGAAUCUUCUCAAUUAAUGGUCAGCACUUGAUUAAAGUUAGAUAAGGGUCAAUGGCACUUAAGGGGGAGGUGGACUUAAUUCAUUUGGAUUAUGUAGGGAUUCUAGGCUGAUCCCCCUUUUUGCUCUGCUCCAGGUACUGCCAUUCCUUCUCUUACAUCAUCUUCUAUAAAAAUGAAAGCAUUUUUGUCCAUGCUGGAAGACACAAGGAAUAGUAACUCCUUGAUUCUUUCUAGGUAGGUAAAUGAAUGAAACCAAGAAAUAGGGCAUAACUAAUGCAUACAACGGAACCAUAUGGUGUAUCUUACCAAAAUGGAGGGUGUUUUUGCUUUCUGCAUACAAAUCUUCUCAGGUUUCUGUGUGCAAAAUAUUUUAUUCCAAUCCUUGCCACCCAUACAAGCAAAUCGUUGAAUUGGGCAAAACUCUUUUGUCCAUUUUCAAAAGAUAGAAGUUAAAUAACUGGUUAUUCUCUGAAGUUCUUUGGUGAAAAAUGGCUUACUUUUGAAGAUUGAAUAAUGUUUUGGGGUUUUUUUGAGCACAGUCAGCUGUUUCUCCUACACAGUCAGUGAAACACUGAGUAUACUCAAUUACUAUGCCAAAUUUAACUCUUUUCCUCACCGAAAUCUAUGGGUAUGGGCAAAAAAUAAGCUAUUGUUGUUGCCCUACUCUUUUAUUCAUUUCACCAGGGCUUAAGUAGGCUGUAUUUUAUUUAAAUGGAGAUAGGAAAAGUCUUUUUCCUAGCAUAUUCAGUUUAUUUCUAAGCCUCUGUUGUUCACAUGAAGAUCUCACAAACAUCUCCUUCAUUGGUAUCACAAGCAUCCACUUUUCACUCCUGGGGGAACCAUUCCCCCCCCCCCCUUAAUCUCUAUGAAAGAAUGAUUGUAAAUCUUGCAAAAGGCACACAGGGUUGCAAGUUAGUCCCGCAUCCAACUUGAUUAGGCAGCUUUAAUGGUUGCAGGAUUAGAAAUGGGAAUUCCAGUUGCUCUCCAAGUUAUUCUGAAACCAGUACAUUUCCCAGGCUCUCUUCCUGUCAAACUUAUGUACAUAGUUUUGUCUUUGUAUAGGAGUGAAUGUGGUGACAGUCAAGACUGUGAUCUUCCAGUAUUGUAAUUUAACAGAAUAUGGCUGUAUGAAAAACGAUAAAAUGUAAAUAUCUAGAGAAAACACUAAAGUGAAUCUCUGCAUCUAGAGUUUCAAUUUGUACAUACUGAAACUGCAUGGUAUUUAAAUUGUCUUGGAUGUAUGCAGUUUCUUUAAAAAAAAGUUUCAAAGAAAAAAAUGCUCUGGUUUUCUUCCUUCUGUCUGUUACAUGUUCAGAGAUGCUCAGUAAUCAAAAACUAAGCUGCAAAAAAGCAAUACUUAGAUCAGAGGAUCAAACAAAGCUCUGUGGAAGUCCUUUGCAGAACUGCAUCUUGUCCACCUACUGUAGGUUGAAUGCAAAGGUGGGCACUGAGGACUAGAUGUCAUUAAAAGAGGAUUAGAUCAAAUGGCCUCUUUUGAGUCCUGCAGGCUAAGGGGCUGUUACAUACAUUGUGUACAUAAUCCCAAGGAGAAAAACCCACUGACACAAAAAA